AUGGAUGAUCAUCACAUAGAGGAUUUUGAUUACUUCCACAUGCACAUGAAAGAUGGGAGCAGGGACCUUGUAGUGAGCAACCCUGUUGCGCUCUUUGUAGUGCGUAAUCUGAACCGUUCAUCUCGACAAUCAAUAAUUCAGAUAUGUUUGAUAUCUUUGAUUGCUCCCCCCAUCAAUAUUACCUUCAAUGCCACUGUAGCCCAGGAUGGUUCCGGUGACUACACCACAAUAAAGGCUGCAAUCGAUGUUGCUCCUGUCGGAAGUGCGAAUAGAUAUUAUAUCCAUGUUAAGCAGGGAGUCUACAGAGACGAAUACGUCACUGUGGAGAAAAACAAAAUAAACAUCGCAUUGAUCGGCGAUGAUGCUCGCAACACCUUUAUUACCGGGAACCGGAGCAUUGCCAUGGGAUAUACAAACGUCCCCGAAACUGCAUCAAUGAUUGUCGAUGGCUCAGGAUUUAUGGCUCGAUCAAUAACCUUUGAGAAUUCAGCUCCACCACCCAAUAGUCAUCAAGCUGUUGCUUUGACCAAUAACGCCGAUCACUCCGCAUUCUAUCAGUGCGUUUUCUUGAGUUACCAAGACACCCUAUUGGCAAACCACAAUCGACAAUUCUAUAAGGAUUGUGAUAUCUAUGGAAGCGUAGAUUUUGUUUGGGGUUUUGCCAAAGCAGUGUUUCAGGAUUGCCGUUUAUACGCACGCCGAAUCGGCUCCGAUGGCAACAUGGUCACCGCUCAGGGGAAGGAUACCCCAACCUUGGAUAGUGGAUUUUCAUUCCAAAACUGUAAGGUUACUAUUGACCCAAAUCUAGCGCUGCGUAAGAGUGAAGUGUCGGUUGUCCUUGGUCGGCCGUGGAAGGAUUAUGCUACAGUCGUGUUCAUGGAGUCAUUCCUAGACGAUAUUGUCAAACCAGAAGGGUGGUUGAUCUCAUGGGAUAACAUACGCAAACCCUAUAUAUUCUAUGCGGAGUAUAAUAACUCAGGUCCAGGUGCAAACACAAGUGGAAGAGUCAAAUGGCCAGGGUGUAGGGUGUUAACAAGUGCAACAGAAGCUACCCGUUUUACAGUUUCCAAGUUCAUUGAUGGAGAUGCAUGGAUACCAGAAAUGGGUAUUCCAUAUCAAGGUGGUUUAAAUGCAUGA